AUGCCGAAAACAAACAUGUCUCUCGACGCCGAACAAGCGGCCUUUGACCAGGAAGUGGCAGAUAUCAAGGCAUGGUGGCAGUCGAGCGCAAAGCAGCGUCAGCUGAAGCGUCCAUACCCGGCCGAACGCAUUGCUGCGCUUCGUAGUUCCAUCAAGCAGAAAUACCCGUCUAGCGAUAUGGCACUCAAGCUGUGGAAGCAGAUGAACGAGCACGAAGAAAAGGGAACUUCGGAGCUGACGUUCGGGUGCACCGACCCUCUGCAAGCUGGCGUCAUGGCAAAGUACCAGCAGACGAUAUACGUGUCGGGUGCCCUGUGUGGUUACUCGCAAGUCAGUCAGCCGGGAAUGGACCAUGCGGACUACCCUUGGGACACGGUCCCAGCAACGGUGAACAAGAUCUUCCGAUCUCAGCAAUGGCAAGACCAGCGACAACGUCAAUUUCGCUUCCUCUAUCCCAAGUCAGAGCGACAAGGAUUGGAGGACUGGGAUUUUCUCACCCCCAUCGUCGCCGACGGCGACAUGGGCUUUGGCGGUCUCACCCACACCAUGAAGAUGACGAGAGCCUUCGUUGAGGCUGGCGUUGCCAUGUUCCAUCUUGACGAUCUGGCCAUUGGAACCAAGAAAUUCACCAUUGGCGAAGGACGAACCGUCAUCCCUACGAGUGAAUACCUGUCCCGCUUGACAAUGGCGCGGAUGCAGAUCGACAUCAUGGGUGCUGAAACGAUCCUGAUGUGCCGAUGCGACACUGACCACUCCGGCUAUAUCACCUCUGUGAUCGACCCGCGCGACCAUGCCUAUGUUCUGGGAGCCACCAAGCCUGUCGAGCCGCUCACGACUGUCCUGGCCCGAGCGCUGGCCACUGGCGAGGACUAUCUUGGAGCCCAAAAGAGUUGGCUUGCUUCGGCGGAACUGAAGACCUUUGAUGGCGCCGUGGCCGCUCACGCUGAAGCGUCGUCGCCGGACGCCGUGGCAGCCUACAAAAAAGCCAUUGCGGACUCCAAGACACAGCUCUCGCUGACCGAACGACGAGCCCUGGCAGCCAAGCACCUCCCUGAGGAGGUUUACUCCACGCUGUUCUUCGACUGGGACCUGUCCCGGACGCCCGAGGGAGCUUACCGAUUUGCACCCACCGUCGACGCGGUCGUGUCUCGCGCCCUGCUGACCGCGGGACUAGGCGAGGUCACCUGGGCACGCAUGGACUACCCUGUCCCAUCGGACAUUGACACCUUCCACAUGAAGGUGCGCGAGGUGCACCCGGACCGCAAGUUUGCGUUCGGGUACACGGGAGGCUACGACUGGAUGAAGGCAGGCGGCUGGACGCCCGAGGAGGUCAAGGAAUUUCCCUGGGCCAGCUCGAAGAAGUACGGAAUCGUCUGGCACGUCCAGCCCAUCUGGGCCCUUCAGGGCCAGCGACGCGCCGUUGAGGACUUCUCCAAGCUCUGGCAGAGGGGCGGCAUCGCCGCCUACAUGAACGUCGUCCAGGCCCGCGAACUGCAGACCAGCUACCCGGGCCUGACGGCGAGGGAGAUCGACGAUGCGGCCGAAGAGGUAGACGCCGCCGACAAUGCGGGUUACGCCAGGUUCCGGUUCUCCGGUGCCUACCUCGCCGAUUCCCUGUUGGAGACGGCCACCAUGGGCGUCGAGGGUGCCCAGAAAGGACUGCUGAUGGGUGAAGGUAUCGUCAAGGGCCCCAAGGCCAACAGGUUCGGUUAAUCGGCGUGCCCCAGGCUCAGACACGGCUAGAGUUGAUGUGCCACUGCCAGCGCCACACAAAAGGAGAAUAAAUUAAACAGUGAAGAGAUUUACGUACCAUCAAUAUCU